UGCAAUCAAGUAUUUAUCAAAGAAAUGCAUUACGUCAAUUUGAACGUCAUUGUCAAAGGAUUAUUGAAACUUUCUCUGCCACUCUUUCCUGCAAAACUACGAAAUAAAAUAUUUCCACAUAGUGACAUGACGUCUUUACAUGAAUUCAUUCAUCCAGAAUAUCUUCCUAUUGAAUAUGGAGGUGAAUUACCAGAUUUUGAUUCGAGUGAAUUAUUUGAAGUAGUAAGACAAAACGAAGAAUUUUUUGUAAGAAACGAAGAAUUUCUCAAGAUCUACAAUGAAACGGUUCAAUAAAUAUUUUUUUCGAAAAUUCAAAUAUUUUCUUCUGGUUAAUAUAAACUGUUAGCAAAUACGAAAAUUUAUUUACUUUUGAUACAAGAAUUAUAUAAAACAUUCCAAAGAAAAUCAGUGUUUGAAGUUAUACACUUUUAAAUCAUAGUCUUUCGUGUCUUCAAUACUUAUUUAAAUAAUAUAGAAUUCGAAAAAAAUAUUGUAUGACGUAUUGAAUGAAUUAAAAAGUGUUGAAUAUUUGUGGAAUUUCCAAUAAAAUGAAAAUGUUUAGAGGAUAUUUUUAAUGUAAUCAACAAAUAUUAAUUAAUUAUACAUUUAAUUGUUACCAAUUAUAAUCAAA